AUGUCGGAUAUAUUACAAAGGACGGAUCCAUUCUUUGAGUUUUUACUGACGGAAAGUGACUCCAGGUACGAGCACAAGCAACGCCUUGCAGAAAACGAUGUAACCGGUUAUAUAACUUUGCCGCGACCCCUCCUUGCUGGCUGGUAUUUAAUCAAAACGAAGGACAUUCGGUACAUCGACCUGCUAAACAAGUCUAUAGGGGCCACUCUGAAGAUCAGCUCAGAAAGCGUCUUACUUGAAAAAAGAUUGGACGAUCUAUGCAGGAGAAGUUCGGCACAGAAAAAGAAACUAAACGUACGGGGAUCGGGGAAACCACGCUUUGACUUUUGCAACAGCGCUUGCAAAGUCCGACUCUUGAGGAAAGAAGUUGUAGAAAUAAAGGAUUUGGUGGAAGAACGAGUCGAGGAAACUUCUUCCAUUGCAGAACGUGAUGAACUAGUUACAGCCUUGAAACAAGAGGUGCAACGGCUCAAGGGUAAUAAUGACUCCUUGAGACAGCAAAUUAGGCACUUGAAGAGGGAAACAUGCGAUGCAAAUGUGGGGACUCCCAUCCCUGAAUUAAAGACCGAACAAAGUAAAAACCGAAAAAUAAAAAUACUAAAAAAUAAAGCAGAGAAAGCACUUGCAUUUGUAGAAUUGUUUGGCUUAGAGCUUGAUUUUCUCCAAGUAACUGACUCUGUCAAUGAGAAAAACUACAAUCUGGACUUGUCAACAGCAUGUCAAGGUGGAUCCAAAACAACAGGCCAGAAUGCCCAAUACCUGUCACUUAAUGAAAAGGACAAAGCCACUGUAGAAAGUGUUCUAUUUUUGAUGGACAAAUUUGGUGUUGGGGAUGAUUUUAUCCAAAAGGUGUCAAGAAUAGUUGAUGGCUUCCCUAGAGGCUAUAUCAUAAAACAGUGUCGCUCAGAGCUCAAUAAACAGUGCAACAUCAGGCCCACUCCAGGACAAGUUCCAGGAGCCCAGUUCUCUUUCAAGGAGAGACUGGUAGAGCAAAUCAAGAGUCUGAGAGCAAGUGGUAUGGUUACAGACCAUGUCAGGAUAAAGCUCAGUGGUGACGGGGCCAGAAUGAGCCGCUCCUCAAAUUUCACCCUUUUUAGCUUUGCAAUACUGAAUGCACCUGAUGAUCUGCUUUCCUCGAAAGGUACACACACAGUGGCAGUUAUCAAUGGUCCAGAGAAGUAUGAGACAAUAGCAGAGAGCUUGAAAGAUGUUCUUGAAGAAAUUGAUGCAGUGCAAGAUGAUAGCUAUGUAGAACUUGAUGGCAAGAAGAUAAAUGUAGAGUUCUUUCUGGGCGGAGACUAUAAGUUCCUCUUACAAACAAUGGGUUUGAGUGCUGCAAACUCAGCAUAUGCUUGUCUUUGGUGCAAAGUUCACAAGAAAGACAGAGGUGAUAUGAGCAAGGAUGAUGAGUAUUAUGAGAAGGACCCACUACGCAGGACCCUACAGGAUAUUAUUGAGUGUGGAAAAAGAACGAAGGGAGAGAAUUACUGCUGUGUAAAUAAACCCCUAUUCAACAUUGAACCUGACCACAUACUAAUAGAUGAGCUCCACUUAAUGCUGAGGGUGACGGACAUCCUGAUAGAUAAUGCAAUAGAAGAUGCAAUGCAGUGGGAUGAAAAGGAAAAGAUCAGUAAAAGAUCAAACAAAGGAAGCACAAGCCAUCUGAGUCAAUUAGUACAAACUAUACGGUCGUGUGGGGUAUCAUUUCAAGUGUGGGAGAAGCUUAAUGCAGAUGGUAGGGGAAGUGGUACCUAUGACUUCACAAGUUUGAUGGGUAGCGAUAGAAAGAAACUUCUGAAAAAGCUCCCAGAGAAGCUCAUUGGUGUCCUACAGCCAUCUACAGCUGCUAGGGUUGCAGAAAUCUGGAAGGAUUUCCACCAUUUGUAUUUUGAUUGUGUUUCUAACUGGAAACCACCAUCCAUGGAAGUCUAUCAAAAAGAGGCUAAAGAAUGGAUAACCAAAUUCGGUAGCCUUGGUGAUGUGAGGCUUGGCUACAAAAAAGAGCGAGUGACAUGCUACAUGCAUGUUGCAGCCUAUCAUGUUCCACCCAUGAUAAGGCGCUAUCAAAACCUGAAGCAGUUUAGUGGUCAAGGUCUGGAGAAAAAUAAUGAUGAUGCAAGAAGAGUGGUUUUGAGAAAAUCUAACCACCUUGAUGACCCCUGUGAGGUUUUGCAAGCAGAGUUUAGGUUGGGCAAGCUAAAGCACAGGGAGAAACUCCCUCGUCCCUAUGUCAAACGAAAUGCCUAA